AUGCACUUGUCUGGAACAUGGUCUAUCCUUAAUGGCCUCAUCGCAACACUACUCUUUUCAACGUUAACGCCUGCGAUCGAAUUGGACCUCAGCGAUCAACAAUCAAUCAAAGAUGCCGCGAGUACGAGUACUUACUCCAUGAUGGGAUGGUAUGCCGGCAACGAAACUGGACAGAUCCCCGGCUCUUUCCCCGAAAAAUGGUGGGAAGGGUCUGCUCUUUUCCUCGCGCUGCUUCAAUACUGGCACUUCACGGGUGAUACGACCUAUAACUCUUUGAUGAGCCAAGGAAUGGAGUGGCAAUCGGGUGAUAAGGGUGACUAUAUGCCCAGCAACUACAGUAGCUACCUGGGAAAUGACGACCAAAUGUUCUGGGGUCUCGCAGCCAUGAUGGCCGCUGAGCUGAAAUUCCCUGAUGUCCCGAACGAAUUCUCGUGGCUUUCACUCGCACAGGGUGUAUUCAACACCCAGACCGCUCGAUGGGAUACAACAACAUGUGGAGGUGGUCUGCGCUGGCAGCUAUUCCCUUACCAAGCCGGAUACACCAUGAAGAACGCCGUAUCAAAUGGCGGUCUGUUCCAGCUCGCUGCGCGCCUCGCCCGCUACACGAAUGAAGACAAGUACUCAAAAUGGGCCGAGAAGAUCUGGGACUGGUCUACUUCCUCACCCCUAGUGAACAACAAGACUUGGAAUGUUGCCGACUCAACGCAAAUGGCAAAUGACUGCGCCGACGCCGGUAACUUCCAGUGGAGCUACAACUACGGCACAUACCUGAUGGGUGCUGCCUACAUGUAUAACUAUACAAAUGGAGACGAAAAAUGGAAGACGCCUGUAGACGGCCUCCUGGGAAAAACCCUAAAAACCUUCUUCCCGAACGGCGACGUCUUCGAAGACACGACGUGCGAGCCUAUCCAAAAGUGCAAUUUCAACGAAAUCCUCUUCAAGGGCCUCACCUCAUCAUGGCUCGCAUUCACGGCACUCUUGGUCCCCGAUACUGCGGCGCAGAUCAAGCCCAAACUCGCGAGUUCCGCACAAGCUGCCGCAAAGUCCUGCACGGGAAACAACAACAACUCGUGCGGUAUCACGUGGUAUCAAAAUAAGUGGGACGGGACAACUGGUAUGGAGCAAGAGAUCAGCGCAACGAAUGUCUUCCUUGCAAACAUGAUCAACUUUGAUACCGGCACCUUUGGACCUGUCACCUCCAAGACUGGUGGAAACAGCACCAGUGAUCCCAAUGCAGGUGAAGGGAAAAAUGAUCAGCCCAAGGAGAAGCCUAUUACGACUGGGGAUAAGGCCGGUGCCGGUAUUUUAACCUUGAUCUUUGUCUUUGGUUGGGCUGGGGCUAUGGCUUGGAUGAUGCUGGGUGCUUAA